CAUCAGUUGACACGAGGAGGCCAUGGAUGAACAGAUCAUCCAUAUUCUGAAGAUUAAAUUUACCAUCUGUUCGUUGUGAGGGUGGCAAUGACGUUGAGGCCGGAGCUACAGAUUUCAAUGUCAAUGCAGGCUUUAUCCACUCUGCACAUUUUCAUUUUAGACUUGUCGAUGGGUCGUUGUCUAGAUUGUCUCUUUCUCGGCGUAAACAGCAGCCUAGAAAAUGUAAAAUCAGUACGUUUUCCAGUUGUCUUUGCCGCGAUCAGAAUGAAGAUUCAUUUGACGGGCGGCGGGGACGUAUGGUUUGAUCCAGCGGCAAACAAUUUCUAUGUUCUUAUAAAUUGGUUUCAAUCACUGAAACAAAGACUCCAUCGCUUUUCUUCCCACUAUGCACAAUGGAGAAUCAACCAAACAAAGCAGCAGUUUCUCUGGUGUUUGCUGUCAAUCAACAGAGGUUUGAGCUCUCCUCUGUUGACCCUUCCAUUACUCUGCUUCACUUUCUGCGCCACCAUACUUCUUUCAAGAGUGUCAAGCUUGGCUGUGGUGAAGGCGGUUGUGGUGCUUGUGUUGUUCUAUUGUCCAAAUACGAUCCUGUGUUAGAUAAGGUCGAAGAUUUUACAGUAAGCUCAUGCCUCACCUUGCUUGGUAGUAUACAUGGCUGUUCAAUUACAACCAGUGAAGGUAUUGGGAAUUGCAAGGAUGGUUUCCACUCAAUUCAUCAAAGAUUUGCUGGCUUUCAUGCUUCUCAGUGUGGCUUUUGUACCCCUGGAAUGUGUGUUUCACUUUUUUCUGCUCUCGUCAAGGCUGAAAAGACCAAUCGACCUGAGCCCUCACCGGGAUUCUCGAAACUUACGGUUUCUGAAGCCGAAAAGGCUAUUUCUGGAAACCUCUGCCGCUGUACAGGAUACAGGCCAAUUGCUGAUGCCUGUAAGAGUUUUGCUUCUGAUGUUGACAUGGAGGAUUUGGGGUUAAACGCGUUCUGGAAAAAGGGAUGUGGUGAGGAAGAGAAAUCGAGUAAAUUGCCUCCUUAUGAUCCAAAUAAUGGACCGUGCUUAUUUCCUGAAUUUUUAAAAAAGGAAAUAAGGUCUAUCCCUUUUGUCGACUCUAAGGGAUGUUCCUGGCUUAAUCCCCUUAGUAUUAAGGAUCUAAACAGAUUACUGGGAUGUGAUGAUUCUAGUAAUAUAAGCAAAACGAAGUUAGUCGUUGGCAACACCGAAGUUGGCUACUACAAAGAAUUUGAACGUGUUGAUAGAUACAUUAAUCUUAAAUUCAUCCCUGAGCUUUCUGUUAUCAGAAAGGAUUCAACAGGAAUAGAGAUUGGUGCGACGGUGACAAUUGCAAAAGCUAUUGAAGCUCUGAAAAAUAAUAACCAUGAAAGCUCGUCAAUAGGCGAGCUAGUGUUCAAUAAACUGGCCGAGCACAUGGAGAAAAUUGCUUCGAGUUUUGUACGAAAUACUGCCAGCAUUGGAGGAAAUUUAAUGAUGGCACAAAGAAAACAAUUUCCCUCAGAUAUUGCCACAAUACUUCUUGCUGCAGGUUCCAUGAUAAGUAUAUUAACUGGUUCCAGCCAAGAAACGAUUAUGUUGGAUGAGUUUCUCAAGAGACCUCCAUUGGGUCCUAAAUGUGUACUUUUAAGUGUUAAGAUUCCAAAUUGGGAUUCAGUUAAGGACGUUGAUUCAAAUGAUGCUACUGUCAUGUUUGAUAGUUUUAGAGCGUCGCCACGACCCCUUGGUAAUGCACUGCCGUACCUAAACGCUGCUUUCUUAGCUGCAAUCUCCCCAUGUAAAAAUUCCAACGGGAUCGUAUUAAAUAGCUGUCACCUGGCUUUUGGAGCAUAUGGGACCAAACAUGCCAUUAGAGCAAGAAAUAUUGAAGAAUUUCUAGCUGGAAAAGUUAUUGAUUAUAAUGUCAUAUAUGAAGCUAUCUCAUUGACUGGAGCCACUAUAGUUCCUGAAAAGGGCACUGCAUGUCCUGCUUAUAGGACAAGCUUAGCAGUUGGCUUCCUUUUUGUGUUCUUAAGUUCCUUGGUUGAUGAAAAGGCUGCAAUCGAUAGAGAUCACCUAGAUGGAUGCAGGAAUGCUUCGUCAACACGACCUGAAAGAUUUAACUUGAACCACGGUUCACUUGGUUAUAAUAAGACGGCUACUCUACUAUCAUCUGGAAAGCAGACACUGGAAUUGAGUUCAGAAUAUUAUCCAGUCGGAGAUGCCAUUAUAAAAUCUGGAGCUGCCAUUCAAGCUUCAGGUGAGGCUAUCUAUGUGGACGAUAUUCCUUCACCAACAAAUUGCCUAUAUGGAGCAUUCAUAUAUAGCUCAAAGCCUUUGGCACGGGUAAAGGGUCUUACUUUUCCUCCCAAAUCACAACCAGAGGGAGUUGUCGCUGUUAUUUCCGCCAGAGAUAUUCCUGUGGGUGGACAGAACAUUGGAACUAGAACCAUGUUUGGUGACGAAAUUCUAUUUGGAGAUAAGUUGACUGAGUGUGCUAGUCUGCCACUUGCCUUCGUGGUUGCAGAUACUCAGAAACAUGCAGAUGUGGCUGCAGAAUAUGCAGUAGUGGAUUAUGACACACAUAAUUUGGAAGCACCUAUUCUUUCUGUAGAAGAUGCUGUUAAGAGGUCAAGCUUCUUUGAAGUUCCUUCAUUUUUAAUUCCAAAACAGGUUGGUGAUAUAUCAAAAGGAAUGGCUGAAGCAGAUUACCAUAUUAACGCGGCUCAGAUCAGACUUGGAUCACAAUAUUAUUUUUAUAUGGAGACCCAUUCUGCACUUGCCAUUCCAGAUGAAGAUAACUGCAUGGUAGUCUACAGUUCAAGUCAAUGGCCUGUUAAUGCCCAUUUUGUUAUUGCAAAGUGCCUCAGUGUUCCUGAACAUAAUGUCCGUGUAAUUACGAGAAGGGUUGGAGGAGGCUUUGGUGGAAAGGCCAUGAAGUCUAUGGUUGUUGCUUCAGCAUGUGCACUUGCAGCUCACAAGUUAUGUCGUCCUGUCAGGAUUUACAUGAAUCGAAAGACUGACAUGGUAAUGGCAGGAGGGAGACAUCCAAUGAAAGUAACUUACAAUGUGGGUUUCAAAUCUAACGGUAAAAUUACAGGAUGUCAAUUAGAUAUAUUGGUUGAUGCAGGGAUGAGUAUUGAUGUAAGUCCAAUUAUGCCACAAACCAUUGUCAAUGGACUUAAGAAGUAUGAUUGGGGUGCUUUAUCUGUUGAUAUAAAAGUAUGCAAGACAAACAAUCCAAGCAGAUCUACAAUGCGAGCCCCUGGGCUGGCACAAGGAUCCUUUAUUGCUGAAGCGAUAAUUGAACAUGUAGCGUCUACUCUUUGCAUGGAUGUCGAUACUGUCCGGAGAGUAAAUAUGCAUACAUUUAGCAGCCUCAAAAAAUUCUACAAGAAUGCAGGUGAACCUCAAGAUUACACCUUACCUUCCAUUUGGGAUAGGUUGGCCACAUCUUCAUGCUUAGAACAAAGAACUGAAAUGGUAGAUAAAUUUAAUAGCUGCAACACUUGGAAAAAAAGAGGUCUUUCUCGAAUUCCUGUCGUGCAAGGAAUGACAUUGAGACCAACCCCAGGGAAAGUGAGCAUUCUAACUGAUGGUUCUGUUGCUGUGGAAGUUGGGGGUAUUGAAAUUGGUCAGGGGCUGUGGACAAAGGUGAGACAGAUGGUUACAUAUGCCCUUAGCUCAAUUAAAUGUGAUGGAACCAGUGACCUGUUGGAAAAGGUGAGAGUGGUUCAAUCUGAUACCAUUGGCUUAAUACAAGGAGGGGGUACAUAUGCGAGUACUACCUCCGAAUCAAGCUGUGAGGCAGUUAGACUUUGCUGCAAUAUAUUGGUGGAGAGACUAACACCUCUCAAGAAAAGGCUGGAGGAGAGUGGUUCGGUUAAAUGGGAUGUGCUUAUAAGUCAGGCAAACUUGCAAGCCGUGAAUUUAUCAGUUAAUUCUUUGUAUGUCCCAGACUUUGUUUCAAGCAGCUACUUAAACUAUGGAGUUGCAGUGAGUGAGGUGGAACUUGAUCUUCUCACUGGAGAAACCACAAUUUUGCGUUCAGAUAUUAUCCAGGAUUGUGGACGAAGCCUCAAUCCUGCUGUGGACUUGGGACAGAUUGAAGGAGCCUUUGUUCAAGGAAUUGGAUUUUAUAUGUCAGAGGAAUACCUGACAAAUCCUGAUGGACUAGUUAUUACUAACAGCACAUGGACUUACAAAAUUCCUACAAUUGACACCAUACCAAAACAGCUCAACGUCGAAAUUUUGAACUCUGGACGUCAUAAAAACCACAUUCUCUCUUCAAAAGCUUCAGGAGAACCACCAUUGCUUCUAGCUGCAUCAGUCCACUGUGCAGCACGAGCUGCUAUUAAAGAGGCACGAAAACAGAUAUGUACAUGGAAACAUCGAGAUGAGUCUGAUUACACGUUCCAGCUAGAGGUUCCAGCUACCAUGCCUGUUGUUAAAGAGCUCUGUGGGCUGGACUCUGUGGAAAGUUACCUGAAAUGGAUCAAUGAAUUGAGAACCACAGCGAGCUGACCUGAAACUCUUCCCUCCCAAAACACAAGUCAUGCCAAUUAAUUCAAGAUAAUGCAUGUAAUGUGAAAAUGCGAUCAGUCUAUGAGGUAAUGCACUCUCUCAUUUUCUAA